AUGACCUCUACUACAUUGCGCGCCGUGACGCAUCGCCUCACUACUACCCCGGUUAAUCAAUUACCCUUCAUCGCUUCAUUCCUUGCGACUUCGUUGAGUGAUUGCGCCACAUUGCUCUCUACUCCGCAAGCCCAGAAAGGCAAAUCUGAGUCCGACAAUGCUGUUCAGAUCCAUAAAUUGAAAACCCGGCUGGCAAGUCUGCUACAGGACCGCACUAUUGAAGGAAGAUGGACAGCCGUUGUGCUCGUGAAAGCUACCGUCGAAGCUGGUCAGUGGGAAAUUUUGCGCGGAUAUGAACCGAUUGUUCGCGGUUUGAUCAGCAUCCUGGCAAAGCCUGAUCCAAUCUCCACGCGGAAGAUGUGUGUCAUUACUCUCACUCGGAUCUUCCAUCUCACAUACCAGUACCCAACGCUUGUUCGAGAAAUCACCACUCCGCAAUUACCAGGGUUUAUCACCGCAGCCUUGAACUUGGUUUCUGUACUUACGAAAACGUCUUCUGGUUCGACACGCAAGCCGAAACCCAACACUCCGUUCAUGGAAAUUGUGCUAUGUGCUUUGCUGGAGCUGAUCCCCAGACAUCCCACCAUUUUCCGUCCAUUCGGCUCUCAGCUUCGAACCCUCCUCGCUGAGGUUGUGGGCUCCUCCUCGCCUGCCUAUUUCCCGGAGCAUGUCGUCGAUGUAGCAGAGCAGCUUCUUGUCUCCCUUCACAAGUGCGCACCAAAAGACAAGGCUGGUUCCGGAUGGAACGAUGAUUGUCGGUCAACAAUUCUGUCCAUUCAUCGGACAGCAGACCAAGUUUACCGUGCAGUGGUGGAACAAUGGGAGUCAGUUGACGCGACGCUGAUGCCAACACGGCCGAACUAUAGCCAGGAAGUGAGCGAUAGUGGUCCAGAUGGACUGGGACUUCCAGGUUGGACAGGAUUGCACUCGGGCGUGGAUCGAUUGGUUGUACUUCUGAGCAUUCUUUCCGGCUUUGUUUCUUCCCCAUCCGCAGCUGCUGUUGCUCUUCCUUUGGGUUCUAUUCUGGAUUUGACAUCCCGACUUACUUCUGUGACCGUCCCGCUAAAUGGCGAGUCUCAAACCGGCAUCCAGUUCAACCAGGAGAUUGGUCGCGAAGAACGAGAGGGCCUUUGGCUAGAGCUUCCUCGCAUUCACAUCGCCUGUAUGGAUCUGCUUUCCAAGGUUGUCAGAGUGUUGGAGACUAGCGCUACCUCGGUAACCCAGACCAUUCUGGAGCAGGCUGUCUGGACUUUCCGAGGUGGGACUUUCAGCAAAGACGUGCGCUCUGCGGUCUAUGCCUUGCUUCGUUCCCUAGUGCCAUUGAACGGACCCGCAAUGUCUAAGCAGAGCGUAGCGUCUCUGGCAAGUGUGGUUCGCUCCUGCUGUCAUGAUCUUCUGCCGCUGGACGGGGAUUCUGCGGCUAACUCGGGCUCGGAUACGAAAGUGAAGUCAAAGGGUGGUCAAGCUAUCACAGCUAACGCCGACGCUUUCUUGAACCCUGAGCUGCAGAAGUCUCGCCAGGCGCAAUCAGCUUCUCCAUUUUUGGACCUUCAGCAGAACGCCUCGGGUCUUCUGCAGGAAGUGCUUGUUUCUGUUCCCGCUGAGCUUGUUCCGCCUUCCACUCGGGCCGAAAUUGACCGUACCAUCAUCUUAACCUCGGACAAGGAUGCGAUGCUUGCUAGUGUCCUCAACCCCGUGCCUGCAAUCAAGGGUCGUGGAGCCGGCUCGAGCAUUAUCCCAUUCUUGGUUCGCACUUACGGCGAACAGAUGGAAGUGGAAGCUUUGGUUCGCCCCAGAAUGCCUGUUUUGAUGACAGCUCCUGAGCUGGACGCUUAUGUUGAUGAAGACCAAGAAGACGAGGAGAUGGCCGAUGAUGUAUACACUGCUCCUCCGACUUCUGACUUUAUGAAGCAGCCAGUGUCGAUACCCCUACAAACCCCCAAGGUAGAGCAACAGAAGCCUGCCGACCCAUUGCCCGCCUUCCAUAAGCGAACCUUUACUGAGGAAUCCACUGCUCAGGGACAAGCUUCCCAGAAGCAGGAUACCAAGAAGGCACGAUUUGAAGAAAUCACCCCGGUUUCUCAAGCAGCUCCUGCAAUUACUCAGACUGAGACUCCCAGGGUAUCAGUACAGGUUACCACCACCACAACCUCUGCGAAUGGCCCAACAGUGACUUCGCAGUCUGCUGCUGCUGCUGCCGGAGCUGACGAUGAGAGCGACGAUGAGUUGCCCACUCUGAACAUGGACUCUGAUACCGAUGAAGAGGAUGACGAUGUCACGAUGGAAGGGUAG